AUGGGUGUUUGUGUGUUAGCGACCUGUUUGACAAAAGAAGGUGGACAGAGUUUAAAAUCAGUGACGAGCGAUAACCUGAAAACUUUCCAGUUGGAUGUGACAAACUCAGAGCAGAUCAAAGAAGUCUACAAUGAAGUCCGGGAGCUGAUGACUGAAGAGGGUUAGUAACUGUUUAAGAGUUUCAAACCUUUCUCUUUUUGCUGCGAGAUAGAGGAAAACAUGGCUGGAGCUCGAGUUAAUUUUAAAGGCUUUUUAAAAUUAUUUCCAGUGCAUUCUCCCACAAAAAUGUACUUGAUUUUCAUAUGCUCUUUUUAGUUGGACUGUGGGGCCUGGUGAACAAUGCAGGUAUUGCGUAUGUAAUGCCAGUGGAAUGGACUCCGAUGAGUAUAUUCAAACGCACAGCUGAUGUUAAUCUGUGGGGAAUGAUUGAAAUGACCAAAACAUUUCUUCCACUUGUCAAGAGGGACCAGGGACGUGUUGUGAAGAUCGGAAGCAUGGCAGGUAAGGGAAACAGAUUAUAGCUGUUCAGCUGAUCUUAUCUCUCUUUGCCUUCUUAAAAACGUAGGUGACUGCUCCAUAACGUACAUCCACGCAUGCGCAGGUACCAUGGUCAUUUGCUAUCAAGCUCAACAGAUUUUGAAAUUUCAUUCUUUAGUUUUCCGUAUAUGAUCCUUAAGUACAUACCCGACUCCGUAAAAAUACAAGAUACAAAAUAAGUUUUCUGGAAAACGAUGCACCGACAAAUAAUUUAAAAAAUUCUUAAAUAAAUAAUAUACAAAAUAUGAAAUUUCAAAUCAGUUCAGAUUUCAUUUGCUUUGAUACCAUUUUUUAUAAUGUUUUACGUAAUGCCCUCGAAAGCCUUACAAAGUAACAAUGAAUAUCAUCAGUCAUAUGCAUGGCUUCAAGGGACCAUUUCUUGUAAGCCGCCGUCCGAACUAAAUCACGCCACCUUUGUAGUAAUCAUGCUCUUGUCACGCUGAUUUUAUCCUUUCACAACCCCUAAUAAGAACAUAAGUCUAAUAAUGUUUCUUGUAUGGGUACCAAGGUAGUCAUAGUACGCGAGACAUGUCUAUUGACAAUAUGGGCUGACUGCUGAAGACGUUCUCUGCGCUUACCCUGCAGUAGAGUGCAAACAUGCUGCUAAAAUGCACAUUGGUACUACGUACCAGAGGCUGACGUGAAGUUUGCUGUCCAGUGUGUCUAUAAUGUUUUAUCAAAAUUUUCAAAUUUCAAAUUGAUAAAGAAGGCUGAAGAAGACAAAGCAAACGGCUUAAUUAACGUCACUAUCUAAGGACGCGAUCAGCUGAACUGAAACUGGGUCUUAAGUCACCUACAGCCAGCAUGGUCGAUCUUAGCAGUUUUUUCAAGACCCUGAUUAUUGUCCGGCCUGCAGAUCAACAGAUUGGCGUCGCUUAUGCAACUGUGCUAAUCAGGCGACGGUUUGACCUGUCGGAAAGUGCAAAUUCCUAACUGUGCGCUUGCAAGUAAUAAGGGCGCAGAAAGAACGGGGCGCGCAAGGGGGACACGCGAGGGAAAAGAAGGCCCGCUCGCUUGUUUCCUUUCGCGAGUCCCUUUCUAUAACUUCCAAGCGCCUGUUGUUCCCGACUCUCAUAAGCGACUGACUUUCUCUUGGUUUGAUUCAUUAGUAGUUAAUUGAAAUGACGCACGAUAACCAUAUGGGCGUCUUUUUUCACAUCUAAAGUCAGCGAGUAGCGGAGUUCGAAAAACGUGAAGGGAAAGCAGGAACCUCCCCGCCUCCAAAUAUUAGAUCGAAUGCGCCGGAAAACUAAUACUUGAAAACUUUUUUGUUAUUGCCUUCUUAUUUCUGAUAUAUUUUUUGCACUUUAACAAAACACACAGGUCGUUUGUCAUUUAACUUCUUGUCAGCCUACAGUAUAACCAAGUAUGGUGUGGAGUCGUUUUCAGAUGCACUGAGACGAGAAAUGUAUCCCUGGGGGGUGAGAGUGAGUAUACUGGAACCAGGUGAAUUUCAAACAGAUAUGCAUCAGCCCUCUAAAUUGGGAUAA